AUGGCGCAUGGACCUAAUGCUGAUGCAGGUAUGGACAUAAGAAAGCUCGUAAAGGACAAUCUUAUCAUCAAAAAGCCUAACGUGAGUCGCUCCAGACGAACAUACAGGACAGGCAAUCCCAGUAGACAAGGAUACGGCAAGAGAAAGGGAACAAGGGAAGCAAGGCUACCAUCCAAGUUUUUGUGGAUGAGAAGAUGUCGUGUCCUCGGGCGACUCCUUCGGAAGUACAGGGAGAAGAAGAAGAAGAUCGAUAAGCACAUGUACCAUGGGAUGUAUCUGAAAGCCAAGGGAAGCGUUUUCAAGCAAAAACGCGCACUUCUCGAGACCCUUCAUAAGGCUAAAAGUGAUGAUUGUCCCAGGUUUCAUUUUGAUCAGAUUAUGGCUGUUUAA